CCAUAAACUAAAACCCUACAAACAAGAGUGAGAAAAACCCAUUUCCAACAUCAUACUAGCCAGCAACAUCACUGACAAGACGAAAAGAAAAGAUGAACAAGAAGGAAAUAUUCAAACUAGCAAAAGGGUUUAGAGGAAGAGCAAAGAACUGUAUAAGGAUAGCAAGAGAAAGGGUUGAGAAGGCCUUGCAGUACUCUUACAGAGAUCGCCGCAACAAGAAGAGGGACAUGCGCUCUCUUUGGAUCCAACGCAUCAAUGCUGGCACCCGCCAACAUGGUGUUAAUUAUGGUAACUUCAUGCAUGGGCUGAUGAAGGAGAACAUUCAGCUGAACAGAAAAGUCUUAUCAGAGAUAUCCAUGCAUGAACCAUAUAGUUUCAAGGCCCUGGUAGACAUCUCACGUAAUGCCUUUCCUGGAAACAAAAAUGUGGUGCAUCCUCCCAGGAAAGUGGAUAUGUCUGCUGUUAAUGUGUAGUUCUUUAAUUGGAUAUUUUGGUAAUCCACUCUUUUCAUAGCCUUUUGGAGCUUGUCUGAAACAAAAGCUUUAAAAAGGUAGCUUUGUAUUUCUGUGGUCGUUUGUCUCUGGAUAUAUGGAUGAAAGAAAGUAACUGUGACAUUCUGAAGAGAGAGAAAUGAUCUCUAGCCAGUUACGUUCCACCAUUUGAGGAUGCACAAUGAAGUGAAGAAACAUGAGAAAUUCUUUAUUUUCAAAAUGAAGAGUAAUUUCUGAC